GGAUUUUAUCUAUCACCAUCAGCAGCUUGAUUUGAAUUCCUAGAGGAACAGAUAUUUCAUUGAAUUGUCUGUCAUGGAAAAUGAGCAGCUUACCAAUGUACAUGAAAAAACAGAGGAAGCUAGGUUUUAUGAAAAUCCAAAUUUAGAGGAAGGAGAAUGUGAACAAGUCUCUAAUCAGAGCAGUGGAGACUCAACCUCUCCUUCUUUAAUUACCAUGCUAGACAUCAUGGACAUUAGAUGUGAGAAUAGCAACGAAAUUAGCCAUCAAAACUCUUGUUCCUCCCAGCAUGGCUCUGAAAGGGGGGAAGAAACAGAUUCUCUGCAAGAUGAUUUUGAGAAAAACCAAUACAAAGAUAGAGAGGAGAGAGCUUUUGAAAGUGCAAUGACUAUGGAGAACAUUUUCAAAACUUCAAGAAAUACUCUCAGAUUUCCUUUCAAUGACAAUUCGGAAGAGAACAACAAUUUUCCAGAAGAAGAACAUAAGAUUUUCCUUGUUGUUAAGGCUGGCAUAGAUGGAGAAAGCAUUGGGAACUGUCCAUUCUCACAGCGUCUUUUCAUGAUACUUUGGCUCAAAGGGGUUGUAUUCAAUGUAACCACAGUUGAUCUGAAAAGAAAGCCUGCUGAUUUACAUAAUUUAGCUCCUGGGACCCACCCACCAUUUCUGACUUUUAAUGGAGAAGUCAAGACAGAUAUAAACAAGAUUGAGGAAUUUUUGGAGGAAACUCUUUCACCUCCAAAAUAUCCUAAGCUUGCAGCCAAGCAUCAUGAAUCUAAUACUGCAGGGAUAGACAUAUUCUCCAAAUUCUCUGCGUUUAUCAAAAAUACAAAGCAGCAGGACAAUAACAGUCUGGAGAGAGGAUUAACAAAGGCUUUGAAGAAACUGGAUGACUACCUGAGAAAUCCUUUGCCUGAAGAGAUAGACACAAGCAACAUUGAAGAAGAAAGAGUGUCAAAACGCAAGUUUCUUGAUGGGGAGGAGCUGACCCUUGCAGACUGUAACCUCCUGCCCAAGCUUCAUGUUGCCAAGAUUGUAACAAAGAAAUAUCGCAAUUAUGAAUUCCCAGGAGAAAUGACAAGACUGUGGCAAUACCUGAACAAUGCUUAUGCUCGGGAUGAAUUCAUCAACACUUGUGCUGCAGACAAAGAGAUUGAAAUAGCUUAUGCAGAAGUAGCUAAACGGCUUUGCAAAUCUUAAUCAGAAUCAGCAAGAUCCAUUUCUCCAAAGAAUUCCUGUUUUAUAGAUGCUUUUCCAUGAAUACCUUCAAAUAUCUAUGUAUGAAAGUUGGAUAACUUUAACGAGAUUCAUAAGUUUUCUGGAUGCAUCUUGACCAAUAUUUCACUUAUGAAAUACUGGAUGAAGAGAAGACAGUGUGGAAUAGAGAAAGCACAACUCCAAAUUAUUAUGUUUUAUAAUUUAUGAUUUGGCGGGAGUACUUGGAGAGGGUGGGAACCUUCCCUUUUCCUAGAGAAAAUGUAGGACAGGAGAAAACAUUUCUGAAAUCUUUACCAAUAAACUGGAACGAAUGUUAUAUGGUCCACUGAUAUCAUUUGGCUUCAUUCAUAUACUUGGGCUAAAAAUUUAAAGGUAAAUACAGAGUAUAAUUUUGCCUAUUUCUUGCAAAUGUUUUUCCAUGGACACUAACUAUGAUCUAUCUGAAAAUACUGUAUGCUAAAAUUAGGGUUGGGAAGCUUACAUUUGGAGGGAAAACAGGGGUGACAGUAAGAAAAUGUAUCUUAAGCAGAGUGUUGCUUUAAGACUAUUUAGCAUAAUUUAAGGCCUUCCAAAACCUAUUCCAUCAACUCAGAUAGCAGGGCCUAAAGUUCAGUGGGAAGCUUUUAAAUCUUAAAUCUAAUGGGAAUCAUAAUCCAAGUAUAUCUAAUGUGGUUCAGGCUGGCGAUCUUACAGGUUUAAAGGAAAGGCUGGAAGUUCUAUUUGGAAGUAGAAUUUUUCCACCUAGUUUUGGGUAAAAGUAAGAAAAUGCCACUGAACAAACCUGAAUGAAUAUUAAAAAUAGAGAGGUUCAUGCAUCUCAUUUUCUUCCAUGCAGAAGUUGGAAGCAUUGAAAUAGUGAUUCAAAAAAUGUGUCUUUAUGACUUGUGGAGUUGCUAGAAAGAGGGAUAUAGGAACAGGGAUCUAGAUAAUCUUAAAAUCUCACUAAUGUUCUGAACUUUCAUAUUUUGUGAUACAUGCAGUCUUUGCAGAAGGAAUUGUGCUUUAAGACAAUGACUGCUUUGUUCUGUCAAUUGCUCACCACCGUAUUUACUUGUAAUGAAAUGUAGAGGUUGAGUUCAUAUUCUUUUGGCACUUGCAAGAAAAAAAAUUGAAUAUGAUAUAGCAGGACUGCCAACUAAGUUGGACAACAUCCAGUUGCAUUCUUUUAACUUCAAUAAAGGAGACAUUCAAAUUUUCUAUUAUUUUCUUUAAGCCAUAAAAACAAAGGAAGAUUUUUGUUUGUAAAAUCUUUAUUUGAGACCAGGCUCAUAUACAUAAGUGAAGUGGUGUAGAAGACUAGGAACCUGAUCUUAAGUCUCAAGGAGCAUUCUGGGGCUGUACAACCCUCAACUCUCAAAAAAUGAUGCCUCCUGAGGGUGUUUCCAUAUGGAGGGCUUUGUGGACUAGCAACAAAACAUAAUAUAUAGCUAGUUCACCUUGUCUUGCUUAAGAUAUAUUUAUGUGGAAAGCAAAAAGAAGAUAGAGAAUACAGAAAGCAGUAUGAGUGGGAAAGGUAUAAUAAGGACCUGAUGGUGACAUCCAUAAAUUCUAUUAAGUCAGGGAGCUGCCACAGUAAAAGUCUUUCCUUGAAACAUAUAAGAAAUCAAAAAAAAAAUUUCUUUUAAAAGUAGCUGCAGAAAUAACCCUGCAGCUAUGUUCAGAAUGUAAGCAAGCUAAGACAAUACAGAUUCCAUCAGCCUCUUCAUGCAAUUCUCACAUACCUACCAUUGAUUGCAAUGAACUUCCACUGGAAUCUACAGUAAUCUAAAAUGAGACCUUCCAUCAUAAAUCUUGGCUAUAGAAAAUAAAGCUGUGCUGUAUCCUUUGUUUAUAUCCAUCAUUUUGUUUUCAUUGAACUUUGUAAUGCCUCUCUUGAAAGUCCAUGAACUCUCCAGUUUUCUUUCUGAAUGGACAAAUUAAAGUCAGGCUAGACUAGAAAGCAAUGGUUCCUGAUUUUAAAACAUUGCUGAGAAAACAGUUGGCUCAGAAAAUGCAAGUAAUAGCCAGAAAAGUCUAGUGAGAUCACAAAAAUCUAUUCACAAAAAAAUAGAAGAGAAAUCAGGCUGGAAUUAUUUCUACUUUAAAAUGUAUGAAAUAUUUUCCAAAUCGGCAUUCAAAAACAGAUGAUCCUAUAUAUAAUAAGCAUGGCCUGUUUUUAUGUAAAGAAGAGUAAUAUUGAUAUCUCUCUCUUUUUUUAAUGCUAGUCUCCACUUCUGAAACUGCUGAUCAGUUAGGCUAUUGUGAAUAAAAUUAGGGCUAAUGGCACACAAUAUUUGUUAAAUAAAGUGAAGACUUGCAUGUAUGAAUGAGAUAACACAAAUGAAUA